AUGACCCUCGUCACUCGUUCUGCCAUCCGCGUCGCCCGCCGCGGCGCCAAGAACGCUCGCGCCAACGCCGCUCUCUUCACCACCGCUGCCAAGGCCGCUACCGCCCUCCCCCAGCCCCGCGUUCAGGCUGCUGCCCCCAAGGUCGCCCAGCAGGCCGGUGCCGUCCGCUCGUACGCCACCCCCUCUGCCGUCCAGACCGGCCACAUCAAGACCGUCAUUGGUGCCGUCGUCGACGUUCAGUUCGACACUGAGGAGCUCCCCGCUAUCCUGAACGCUCUCGAUGUCCAGUUCGCCGAGGGCCAGCCCAAGCCUGAGGGCGGCCGUCUCGUCCUCGAGGUCUCGCAGCACCUCGGUGAGAACACCGUCCGUUGCAUUGCCAUGGACGGUACUGAGGGUCUUGUUCGUGGCCAGAAGGUCGUCGACACUGGUGCUCCCAUCUCCAUCCCCGUCGGUAACGGCACCCUCGGCCGUAUCAUCAACGUUAUCGGUCAGCCCAUUGACCAGCGUGGUGAGAUCAAGGGCCCCAUCCGCCCUAUCCACGCCGACCCCCCCGCGUUCGUCGACCAGUCCACCAAGGCCGAGGUCCUCGAGACCGGUAUCAAGGUCGUCGACCUCCUCGCCCCCUACGCCCGUGGUGGUAAGAUUGGUCUCUUCGGUGGUGCCGGUGUCGGCAAGACCGUCUUCAUUCAGGAGCUCAUCAACAACAUCGCCAAGGCCCACGGUGGUUACUCCGUCUUCACUGGUGUCGGUGAGCGUACCCGUGAGGGUAACGACCUGUACCACGAGAUGAUCGAGUCUGGUGUCAUCAACCUUGACGGUGACUCCAAGGUCGCUCUCGUCUUCGGUCAGAUGAACGAGCCCCCUGGAGCCCGUGCCCGUGUCGCCCUUACCGGUCUCACCAUCGCCGAGUACUUCCGUGACGAGGAGGGCCAGGACGUGCUUCUCUUCAUCGACAACAUUUUCCGUUUCACCCAGGCCGGUUCCGAGGUCUCUGCGCUUCUCGGUCGUAUCCCCUCCGCUGUCGGAUACCAGCCCACUCUCGCCACCGACAUGGGUGGUAUGCAGGAGCGUAUUACCACCACCAAGAAGGGUUCCAUUACCUCCGUCCAGGCCGUCUACGUCCCCGCCGAUGACCUGACUGACCCCGCCCCCGCCACCACCUUCGCGCACCUUGACGCCACCACCGUCCUGUCCCGUGGUAUUGCCGAGCUCGGUAUCUACCCCGCCGUCGACCCUCUCGACUCCAAGUCCCGUAUGCUUGACCCCCGUGUUGUCGGUGAGCGCCACUACAACGUCGCCUCGCAGACCCAGCAGGUCCUCCAGCAGUACAAGUCGCUCCAGGACAUCAUCGCCAUUCUUGGUAUGGAUGAAUUGAGCGAGCAGGAUAAGCUCAUUGUCGAGCGCGCUCGUAAGAUCCAGCGUUUCAUGUCUCAGCCCUUCGCCGUGGCCGAGAUCUUCACCGGUAUGAAGGGACAGCUCGUCCCGCUCAAGGAUACCAUCACUGGCUUCGAGGAGAUCCUUCAGGGCAAGCACGACGACAUCCCCGAGGCCGCCUUCUACAUGGUCGGAGAUAUUUCGACCGUGAAAGAGAAGGCUGAGAGCAUGGCCAAGGAGGCCGCUUAA